UAUCCUGCAUCCAUAAUGACCAAGCCAUCAACAGAAACAUCAGUACAAUUCACAGUAGGCAAGCUAGAUGCCGGAAUGGCAAUCUUGUUGACAGAGGAUCACCAUCUGAUCGAAUUUCCGUCACUGUUGCUCCCGCAGGGGGUCACAUCUGGAAGUGUAGUUAAUAUCUCUGUAACUCGCAACCUUUCUGAAGAGGAGAUCAAGAUGAAAGAGUUUUGGGAUCUUCAAGAAGGCAUUUUCGAAUCAUUCGGAAAAGACCAGCCAGAACCCCCUAUGCUUCGCGUCCGAAACAUCACACAAACCUCUCUCACCUUGGAGUGGGAUCAACUGGUAUUACACACUGCAAAGCUGCGAUCUUUAGAUAUCUAUAAAAAUGGAACCAAACUGGCACAACAUCACAUUCCAACUGACACGAACCAUAUCAAACUGUCUGGAUUGGAAGUUGACCAUGAAUAUGAAUUCUAUGUUGUGAUAAAGACAACCUCGGGUAGCCUCCAGUCUAACAAGGUGACUGUACGAACUCAUAAGAUGGACAACCUUACUGGCAUUAAGGUAGCCUUUGGAACGUUCGAGGAACCCGAGCCAGCAGUGACUGAACUUAAAGAGUUGGUUGAGCGCAUGAACGCAACAUGGUCAGAUGAAGUGGACGCAGAUACAACCCACCUCUUGGCUCAAUUACCUGGAGGGCCAAACUAUGAAAAAGCUAUGCGAUAUUCCAUACCAAUUGUCAAACCUGACUGGCUUGUGCAAUGCGAUCGCAAUAAGAAGAUACAGGCUGCACUACCAUACUAUAUCGUCAACGUAUCUCAAAACGAGUAAAUGCGUUCACCCGACCUAAACCAAUAUUCAUAUCGACGACAAGCACCACAACUUAAGAAAAUUAAAAGACUGGCUUUUUUGAUUGCUUAGCAAAAAUUGCAACUGCAGUUGAAUAAAAUUACAACGAUGGCCAUUUAAUUACAUGAUUGGUAUACUGGUGGUGUUAUGUUUAGUUUCGUGCCUUCUUAGCAGCUCGACCAGAUGCAUCAUCCUUUGCUGCCUGUCCAGGUUUUGCAGAUUUAAUGUCAAUAUCGUCUGAGGUAACUCUCCUGAGAGGGUAUUCUAUACCCUGUUGUGCCAAAAC